AUGGCGUACUUUCUGGCCAGAGCGUCCUUCGCUUUGAAGCGCCCGUCGAGCGUCAUGCUCGCAGCGUUCUCUUGCGCUUUCAUCCUGGUAGUAUACUUCUCCGCCUGGCGCCUGGUCGGCUGCAGCUCAGAGGGAUGCCCUGAGCCGUUCCGCUCGGGCGAGAUUCCGGAACGGAAUCCCCCGGGCGAGCGGUUCGAGUGCAACCGGGAGUCGCCCUUGACCGACUACUGCACGCUACGCGGAGAUGUGCGCGUUGAUUUUCGCGCGGGGGAGAUCUUUCUCGUCGCGCGGCACCCAGACACGCCUCGGGGAUCCCUCGCCGUGCGGCCGUACGCCCGCAAGUGGGACGCCCCGGUCAUGGCCACGGUCACCGAGCAGAAACUGCGCGCGGUGGACGCGCGCGCGGAGCCGGCAUUAGCGCCGCGGUGUACGGCGGACCGGGACUCGCCCGGGGUGCUCUUCUCGGCCGGGGGACACAGCGGGGCGAUCUUCCACGACUUCAACGAAGUGCUGCUGCCGCUCUUUCAGACGACGCAGGCCUUUCAGCGCGAGGUGACCCUCAUCAUAUCCGAUCUGAAGGGCCCCUGGUGGUUCCGCGCUCCGCCGGCGGAAAGCUUCGCCGGAACGUUCACGCGGCACCCCAUCAAACUGAUGGGCAGCAGUCGCGACACCGCUGGAAAAAUGCAGGGCGUUGGCUGCUUUCCCAGUCUCAUCGUAGGGCUGAAAGACAACUUCUGUUUGUACGACGAGUUGGGGGGGAGAGACGAGAGGAGCGAGAUGAACAGCGUACAUGCGUUCCGGCGCGGCGAGGUGCCGUUGCUCUGCAUGGUGCAGCGCCAAACGACGCGGCGACUCACGAACUACGACGCGCUGCGGGCGGUCGCCCUUAACGCGGGUUUCAAGGUUUCGGACGUCGUGUUCGAGAACCUGGCGCCGCGGGAAUCCGUCCGAACGAUGCGCGCGUGCGACAGCCUGGUCGGGGUCCACGGGGCGGGCUUGUCCAACACCCUGUUCAUGCGCCCCGGGUCGGUCCUGCUGCAAAUCAUUCCCUUUGGGGAGCACGCGGAGGUCAGCUUAGUCGGCCGGGAGUUCCGGAACGUCGCUGACGUCAUCGGGUUCGCUUACUCCGAAUGCAACGUGCCUGCCGAGAACAGUUCCCUUUGGGCCCGAUAUAAAGUGACGGACAGAGUACUGGCGGACCCUCGCGGCCUUUGGGAGGAGGACGCCGAUAAGGCCAUGAAAAUGUACCACAGCCAGGACGUCAGUGUUCCGGAGACGGUGUUUGAGGAACUCCUUCGCGAGAUGCGAGGCAACUUCGCUUUUCACGACGCCGGUGCCGCUUCCUGGGAUGCUUUCACCCAGUCUUCAAGGUUCCGCUUUUGA